CAAUUUCCAAAUAUAUAUUUUCCCAAAUCCCACCCACCUGCCUGCCCAAAGAAGCAAAGACUCGCCUUCAUCUCUUUCAUCUCUGAAACAGAAAAACAAGAUUUUCCUUCUCCAACGACUUGUGGACUUCCUUCUGCAUCUCCAACCAUGACUCGCGGGAGCCAGAGAGAGCGCGAUCGAGAGCGGGCACAGGCAAGGGGCGGCAAGAAGGGCAAUACAAAGGACGACGGGUUGACUCCCGAGCAGCGCCGUGAGAGGGAUGCCAAGGCGCUUCAGGAAAAGGCAGCUAAGAAGGCAGCAGAGGCAGCAGCGGGGGGAGAUGCAGGAGGUAAGAGCAGUAAUAAGAAAUAGAGGCUCGUAUCCGUUCAGAGUAUAAAUUGAUGUCGACUUAAUAACCUGAAGCUAGUUUGCAUUCGGGAUUUGUGCCUUUUUUUUCCCCUUGCUAGUUGUGCAUUUUGUUGGCUAUGUGGUUAAAACAGUGACUUGUUUUGUUUGACUGUUGCUGUUGGCUUGUAUCCUAUCCUAAUGAUUGAUUUAAAUCUGAUCUCAGUAUGUUCUCUUGAU